AUGGCGAUGAUGAUGACUGGCCGUGUGCUGCUGGUGUGUGCCCUCUGCGUGCUGUGGUGCGGUGCCUGCUGUGGUGGAUGUUCUGAAAUCCCUCCAGCUCCUGAGACUGGUGUAUCCGACGAUGGCAAGGAUUCUAAAAUUGAAAACAAGAGCGUUGUUAGCGUUGGAGAAGAUGACCAAACCGGUAAGCCGCGAGUGUCCGAAACAGCGGCACCAUUGGUACCAGAGGUACCGGUAGCGGGAGUGACACAAACACAGGGAGCACAAGCAUCAGGGACGAUGGAACAAAACAAGAAGAAAACGAAUGAAAACGAUGAAGAGGAAGAGGAAUCAGAGGAAGAAGCAGAGGAUGAGGCUGGGGAAUACAAAGGGAAUGAAAUGAAGGAAAAGGAGGAGGAUAGUAAAGAAGCUGUCACCAGCACCACAAUGGGGAUACCAGCAGACGGUCAAGAGCAACAAAUUUUAUCUUCUGGCGCGGAGGGAGCAUCGAAUAUAACAAAUCCCAACAGCACACAAACAACUGGAGACGGUGAUCCAGCAGCCGAUGGUGCAGGGACGGCAGAGGGAAAACAAAAUGAAAAUAAAGAUGCCAAUCCGAAGGAAACACCAGUCGAAGCCACAGCCACGAAAACUACAACGGUGACGACUGGCGACAGUGACGGCAGCACCGCGGUCUCCCACACCACCUCCCCUCUUUUGCUUCUUCUUCUUGUUGCUUGUGCGGCUGCGGUGGUGGCCGUGUGA